AUGUCGAUUCUGUUGUGUCGUAGCAUGAAAGGAAGGGUGAGGCUGAUUGUCGUCGCGCCCUCGGAGCCCACGUCCGGAGCUAGUGGGCGGGAUGUCAGACGGGCGCCACCAUGCUUCGCCAUGUCUCCCGCAACGGCAUUCCAGACUUGGCACUCGUUAAAGAUAUGGAAACUGCGACCUGGCGAGAGUCAAUCAAGAUGGCAGGGUGCAGCAUUAGGAUGCCAAUCUUUCUCCUUGGAUUUCCGUUCUCGCGACACUGCUCGACCCUGA